GACAUUUGGCAAUAGCGCACUUCACUUCACAGAUUUAAGAAAUUAGGCUAACCUGUUUAAUAGUACGAUCCUUGCCCGUGUCCCAUUUCUUGACCUUGAUAAAACAAAUGGCGGGAAAAUAUAUAGUGAAAAUAAAAAAGGGUGGUCUUCUGCCUUGUACUUGUUCUUGUUAGUUUUUUUUUUUGUAAAAAUAAUGGAUCCCGACGAGUUGGAGUUUUUGGGUGAAAAAGUUUAUGUUUCAAUAAUCCCUACAUUUAACAAUGAUGGUAUACAUUUAAUUUCGGGUGAUUUAGGUCCAUUUCGUGCAAGUUUACCUGUAAAUGUACCCCUUUGGGUAGCAGUGUCAUUAAAACGGCAAAAAAAAUGUAAAAUACAGCCUCCGGAUUGGAUGGAUAUGCAAAAAUUAGAAUAUAUUAAAGAACAAGAAAAACAAUCAAGUGGUUUUACAAAAAUGCCCAGUGAUCAUUAUAUGGUAGAAGCUAAACUUCUUUUGGAAUGUGCUCCUGAUGACAUUCCUAGAGCAGAUGAAGUUAGGACUAUUAUUAAAGAUAUUUGGGAUAUUAGAAUGUCUAAAAUAAGAUCUUCUGUUACUAAAUUAGUUAAAAAUAGCGAUUUCUAUGCCGCUGUUGAUAACUUAACUGUGAUGGAAAUUAAUUCUGUAAGACCUAUAUUACCACAUGCACUCGAUCACUUAUUUAGGAUGAAAAAUACCGAAAAGACAAGACCUACUCAAAGUUCAAAUGUAUCUUCAUUCUUGUUAUCUAAAAGAGCAUCUACUUCUUUUCAUUUAUCACCAGUAACUAGUUCGAAUACAGAAGAUUAAGAUAUGAUAGCUUAGUUUUUUGUUAUAAAAAUAUUAGGUAUGUAUUUAAUAAAGGAUAUUUAUAAUU